AAGUGGGCUGCGUUGAUGUUAUGUUACACGCUAAGUUAGUCUCUAAACAUUGAGAUAUAUACACCGCAAGCGUGUUGAUAGGUGCCGUUUAACAACACAUGCAGAGUACUCCUAUGUGUGUAACACGCAGCUUACACGCGGAGUGCGUUUAAGGUGCUGUGUGCAUUUUGCACGGAUAUAUGCACGCGGCUUAAUGCGAUCAUUUACACGGGAGCACGACGGCAUAUACACAGUUUACACAAAGUGUAUGUACACUGCACACACUGCAGGAUACACAGUUUACACAAAGUGUAUGUACACUGCACACACUGCAGGAUACACAGUUUACACAAAGUGUACACGCAUUACGCAGUACAUGGAAUGCACGCAGAGUACGAAAUACGCACAAUACACGUGCACAAUGCACAUUAGUGCUUACGUAUAAUAAUCCUAGUUAGGUAAUUGAUUGGUAAAUGAUAUAAAUACUAUUACAUUAACGCCGGUUAUUAACUAGGGAAACGCACACACGCCGACACGACACUUUAACAGCUAAAAGGGGUACCAAUUUGUACCUGCCGUCAUAAUCCAUUUAUGUUGUGAUAAUUGUAACCGUAAACUCUGGCAUGUAUUGUAUCCGGUACGCAUUUUAAAAUAAUAUUCUCACAGCCACUCGUUUAUUUAUGAGUCUUGGAAUUAAAUUUGUAGCAAACGCCUCCAGUGAACGUACCCAAAUAUGUCCUGUUUCUGCAUUUAUAACGACUGUACCGCAAUGGAAUUCUGAUUAUCAGAUUUUAAUUAAUUGGGGCACAGUGUAUAGUUCGUUAAUAGUUUACUAUUAUCGUUAACAAUCGUACAUUGCAUAAGGAAGGAGGAGUAAUUGGGCAGAAGCCCACAGUCAUUCAUUCGCCAGCCACAAUCCGCGAGUUUGAAGUUGUCGUGCCGACCUCCUCGCUGAACUUUGACGGGGUCGUCCGUCUUGUUCCUGGAGAUGGAGCACUAUUUGGAGGUUAAGGUCAUCUUCUUGGCGCUCCUGUUCUUCUUGACGCUGCUAUUUGGCCUGCUACCGCUCAAGUUCGUCAGGUCUUCUUCCAGCGCGUCGGGAGGACAACCGGAGCACGGCCUUCGAAGCCGCCUCUUCCAGCUGCUGAGCAGCACUACGGCCGGCGUCUUCCUCGCCACGUGCCUGCUCGACCUGCUGCCCGACUACCUGGCCAGCAUGCAGGAAGCCCUCUCCGACCUGCGCGCCACGGUGCGGACUGCUUUCCCGCUGGCCGAGUUUAUCCUAUCCGUCGGCUUCUUUGCGGUGAUGCUGCUGGAGCAAGCCGUGCUUUCCUUGCACGGCCGCACGAUGACAUUGGCAGUGGCAGCAUCAUCAAGGAGCAGCAGCUCGGAGACACGGGCGCUCCUCUCCCCCGCGAGCUCGUCGCCCGCCCCAGAAUCCCCGCACGUCAACGCCGUCGUUCUGCACCCGCCCACCGCGUCAAAGUCCGUCGCCGCCGCCGCCGAUCCGGAACCGGGCCGCUGGGCCUCGGGGGGCCCCGGCGCGCCCGCCGAGGACGCGGACGCGGAGGUGGGCGCCCACCUCCACGUGGACCGCAGCUCCCACUCGGCGGUGCGCGCGUGGGGCCUGCUCAUCUCGCUGGCGCUGCACUCGGUGCUCGAGGGGCUGGCCGUGGGGCUGCAGCAGCCCGGCCUACCGGGGGCAUCCCUGGCCGGCCUGGUGGGGCUGUGCACCGCCGUCGCGGUGCACAAGUGCGCCGUGGCGUCGGGGCUGUGCGUGCGCCUCGUGCAGGCGCGCCUGGGCCGCCAGACGUCAUUCGCCGCGCUGCUCGGCUUCGCGCUCAUGUCGCCCGUCGGGGUCACCGUCGGCAUCGCGCUGCUCGACUCGCCGGCGCUCGCCGAGAGCCACAUGCCCCGUGCCGUGCUCCAGGGCCUUGCGACAGGAACCUUUCUGUACGUCACCUUCCUGGAAAUCUUGCCACAUGAGCUCAACAGCCAGCACUGCCGGCUGCUGCGCGCCGUGUGCCUUCUCGUUGGUUUCUCCGUCAUCACCGUGACGCUCUUCGCCACUACCUGAAGUCCCACGACCGCGACGCGAAAAUCUGCUGCCGGGCCUCUCUCUACGAGACGGCCAAGGCUCUGCUGCUGCACCGUCGGGGAUACUUGCCUGGUUCCCUUGCAUCGUCACUGAUUCCUUGCCCUCUCCUCCAUCUACUCCCCUCUCUGCCAAUUCACAUUCUCCACUGCCGCCACCUCGUCACAUUGGUCGUGGGUGGCACUGCAAUGCUAUCCUUUGUUGCACCAAAAUAAACGAAACCCCCGGUGCGUUGUUGUAUGCAGUUAACACCGCCUCUUGUAACGCUUAACUCUGUUGGACUUUACUUACAGACGCUCGCGCAAUGGCGCAAUGCGGUUGGCAUGGGCCACGGUGCAAGGAAUGAAAUGGGUGGGGGGGGGUCCCUUUUCAAUUUCCUCUCUCUGUGGCCUGGUGGCUGUGCCCCGUCUUUGACCCGUGGGACCCCCUGCGCAGGCGCACCGCCUGCACACUCGAUAGCUACGCCACUGCUCUUUAGCCUAGUGUAUAGAGGUUAUCCGUUGUAAGGUAAAUUGAUUCAAGAUAAAAGAGUCAAUCGCGUGUAAUUACAUUGGUGUAUUAAUACACGUUCUAAAGUACAGCAUACGCUGUAUUAUAAUCUGGCUUGCACAAACAACAACAACGUAACACGUACACGAUUGCCACACAUCUCAUUUCACUUUCAAACUCCAUUUCAGUCUUCUGAUACUGUGCUUAAUCAAAGCGAAAAAAAAUAUUUUGAUAGCCAUCAUCUAUUCAUUGGUCUUAAUGAAAUGGCUUUGAUCGGUAGUUGAAACAGAUGCUGCUUCGGCGUAAGUGCAAUGUUUUCGCGUGUCAUGUGUUCUGUUAUGUUUCUCAAAUGUUUCGUAUCGUAAAUAGGAAAGAUGCUUCAAAUAAAAGUACAUUUUUACGCUCGCAACACAUGCAUCAAGUUGCGCGUGUAAGAAUGUAUGGGUUAGUCUGAAUGCGUUGUAUGUAAUGGGCUUGUGUCACUCCGGGUGCUACGUAUAUUUUACUUGCACUGUUUAAAUACUGAAGAAUCGAUUUGUUGAAUAUAAUCAUGAUCCUAAAUCGUGACAAUAGAAUCAACAAGGAUGAUGCAUUGUUCCACCCGUAAUCAUAACUUUCCUAUUCCAAAACAAAGUUAUAGGAUUCUAUCCCAUACCAGAGAAUCAACAGGUAUGGUGAAUUCUUACACCCAUAAUCCAAAACUCCCUAUUCCGACUCGCAAAAGUUAUACGACUCCAUCCCAUAGCAUUUACAUGAAGUAUAUCACAUUUUAGGAACUGUUUUCAGUGCUCUAGAAGUAUCGACAGUAAAUGUGUUACAAACAUCUAAUUGUUUUAACUAAAACUGCCCUUUUAGUUAAAACAAUUAGUGUAAUCUAAUGUUUUUCAUCUACAGUGUUUCUUAAAAAAUAAGUCGUGCUUAAAUUAUGUAUUGUGUAUUCGCCGGAAUAGCAAACAAAUUAUAUCACCAAAAGGUUUGUUUUUUCUCCACUGCAAUAUUGUGACAAUAUUCAAAAUAUAGUCAUUGAAGAUAUACAACGUGGUAGAGCAGUAGCUACAGGUAUUCAAUUCGUGACCACGGCUAACAUCAGUGGUGAGUAAUUGGGUACCUGUUAAACCAGCCUACGACUAUUGCGGUGAAGUAUGGUCACACAACACCCAUGACCGACGUGGGGGAGGCCUUCAUCCAACAGUGGAUUGAUACAGGUCUGUAGCUAAUAUCGUAUGUUAUAAAGAAUUGCGUAAUGUAUACAUGUGUGGCAAAUGGCAGGAUUUUUCAAAUGUCAAUUGAAAGUUAAGAUAAACGUAACAGUAAUGAGUGUAAUGUUUGCAAGUAAAACAGAUGCAGAAGUAUUGGAGCAGCUAAAAGACACUAAUAAUUUAAAAGCAUCCAUAAGUUGCUAA